AUGGAGAAUAAAAGAAUAAAAUAUGAAGAAAUGGAUCACUCAAAGAAAGAGGAACUGCUUACUAUAAAUAUGAAGUAUAAAGAAACAAUGAGUAAAGAACAGAAGCAAAAAAUACUGGAGAAUAAAAGAGUAAAAUAUGCAGCAAUGGAUCAAUCAAAGAAAGAAGAAUUGCUUACUAAAAAUAUGAAUUAUAGAAAAACAAUGAGCAAAGAACAAAAGCGAAAAUCACUGAAGAAUAAAGCAGCUAAAUAUGAAGCAAUGGAUCAAUCAAAGAAAGAAGAAGUGCUUACUACAAAUACGAAUUAUAAGCAAACGAUUGGAGAAGAACAAAAGCAAAAAAUAUUAGAGAACAAGACAACAAAAUAUCAAGCAAUGGAUAUAUCAAAGAAAAAGGAGUUGAGUGCUAUGAUUUCAAGAAAAAUCAUGUCAAAUCGCAUGUCAUUAGAUCCAAAACAAAAAAAUUAUUUGCUGAAUAGAGAGAAACAAAAACGGAUGGAGAAGAAAUCUCAAAUUCAUGACAUGGACAUGUACACUGAUGAGUUUAAAAAACAAAUUAAAGCAGGUCCAUUUUACAUAUGCUGUGUGUGUAACCGAACAUUGUAUAAAAAGUCUGUAAUUACCCUACAGAAAAAUAAAUAUCCUCGCCAGGAUUGUUUUAUGCUUCAAUGUUCUUUUGACGGCAAAGAGUAUGUCUGCAAAACGUGCCAUGCUAAACUACUUAAAGGUCAGCAGCCUUGUCAAGCUGUGGUAAAUAAUUUAUUUGUUGAUGAAACCCCCACUGAACUUGCUGCAUUAGAGAAACUUGAACAAAUUCUUAUUGCACAAAGAAUAGUCUUUGAAAAAAUUGUAGUAAUGCCAAAAGGACAACAAAGAAAAAUCAAAGGUGCAAUAUGUAAUGUACCAGUUGAAUGUAGUCAAACAUGCAAUGUUCUUCCUAGACCACCUGACAGAUCUGGGAUAAUUUUACUUAAAUUAAAAAGGAAACUUCAAUUUAGAGGUCAUGUUUACUUUCAAGCAGUUCGCCCUCAGUUUAUAAUUAGUGCAUUAAACUGGCUUGUAGCAAACAACCCUUUAUAUAGAAACAUUGAAAUUCAAUGUGACAACAUCAGCCCAGAGUUGACUAAUUUGAACUGCCCUGUUACAGAUCAAGAAAAUAUAGAUGAGCCAUUGCAGUUGCAAAGUAAUGUAAAUAGAGAACUGUGUAAUGAAGAUGUUGAAGAACAAAAUGAUCCAUUAAAUGAACACCGUUCAGCAGCAAGUGAAACCUGUCUUCAGUCCAUCUUGCCAAAUUAUCCUGUUAACCUGGACAAUACAAACUGUAAUUCAACAGGUAGAGAAAUUUUCAACAUUGCACCAGGUGAAGGUAAACACCCAGUAUCAUUGAUGACUGAUAAGCUUUGUGAGGAACUUUCAUUUCCAGUACUCUUUCCAAAGGGACGAUUUGGUUAUACCUCUGAACGAGACAUAAAAUUAUCUCCAAUAAAAUAUUUCAAUGCUCGCCUUUUACAUUAUAGUGGAAAAUUUGCAACCAAUCCAGAGUAUCUAUUCUUUGCACAAUUUAUUAUGGAACAAAAAAAGAUUUCUGAUAGUAUAAAUAUCGCGCUUAAAAAAAUACAUGGUCAGUCAGUCACAGCAUCACAAGUAAAAUCAAACAGUCAAGCUUUUCAAAAUCUUCUUUUGCAAGAUCAAGCAUAUUUGUUUUUACGACAAAUUCCUGGCUCACCUCCUUACUGGCAAAAAUUCAUGUAUGAAGUGGUAGCAAUGAUUAAACAACUGGGAAUACCAACAUGGUUCAUGACCUUAUCGUGUGCAGAUUUAAGAUGGCCUGAGCUAUUUCAGAUAAUUUCAAGAACAAAAGGCAACAACAUAACAAAUGAAGAAGUAGAGGCUUUGUCGUAUCAUGAGCGAUGCUCAAUGUUAAAUUUAAAUCCAGUUAUGGUAGCUAAACAUUUCCAGCAUCGUGUCGAAACAUUUUUCAGGAACGUUUUGUUGACAAAUGCAAACCCAAUUGGUAAGAUAGUGUAUUAUGCACUCCGUAUCGAAUUUCAAAUGAGAGGUUCACCACACUUGCAUGCCUUAAUAUGGACAUCUGAUUGCCCACAAUUAACAAACGAUACAAAAGAUGCAUACAUAUAUUACAUUGACCAACAUGUACAAGCAUACCUCCCAGACAGAGAAACGGAUCCUCAACUUUUUGACUUGGUAAAAACAUACCAGACACAUAAUCACAGUAAAACCUGUAGAAAGUAUAAGAAUGUUACAUGUAGAUUUAACUUUGGACAGUUUUUUACUGACAGAACAAUUGUUGCUGAACCUUUGGCUGAAGAUAUGGAUGAUGAGAUUAAAUCCAAUAUUCUAACCAGACGAAAGGAAAUUUUGUCUAAAGUUAAACAAAAAAUUGAUGAUGUGCUAAACCCAAGCAAACCUACUUAUGACCCACAUGCAACUCCAACUGACAUUCUAAAUGAAAUAGAUAUUACAGAACAAGACUAUCAAUGGGCUUUAUCAAUAUCUCCAGAUUCUGACCAUGAAUUGCACCUGAAACGACCAAUAGACAGUUGUUUUACCAACAAUUACUUUAUUGCUGGAUUAAAAGGAUUUGCUGCAAAUGUUGACUUGCAACCAGUGUUUAAUCAUUAUAAGUGUAUUACAUACGUUUGUUCUUACUUUACAAAGGAUGAAACUGAAUGUUCUCAAGCCAUCAUAAAUGCAGCAAAAGAGGCUAAAGAAGCCAACUUAAAUGUAAGAGAUGGCCUAAGAAAAAUAGGUGCAGCUUUUCUCUCGACUCGUGAAGUCAGUGCUCAAGAAUGCGUUUACAGAUGCAUGCCUGAACUCUGGUUAAGAAAAAUAUUCCCGAAAACCCUCUUUGUUAGCACGGAUUUUGCUGAAAAUCGCGUUAGAUUUGCGAAGAAACAACAAGAACUUGAUGAGUUAGAUGAUGAUAGUACUGACAUUUUUAAGUCUAACAUUAUUGUCCGUUACAGUGACAGACCGAAAAACAUUCCUGUCGUUAAUGAUAUGUGUUUAGCUUUAUUUGCUGCUCACUAUUUCAAAGAUUACAAAAGUGAUUUUAACGAAGUAUCCGAUUCUCAACCUGAAGUGUUAAGCGAUGACUUCAUUGAAUCCCAAAAUAUCGAAAAUCAUAACACUGGACUUCCCGAUCGAAUAAAACUUGUAAACAGCAAAGAAAUUAUGAAGUGCAGAAAAAUUAAAGCUGUCAUUCGAUAUCACACUCCAAACAAAAGAAAAGAACCUGAAAAAUAUUUUCACCACCUUCUCAUGUUGUAUUUUCCGUGGCGUAACGAGCAGGAACUCUUUGGCGAAGACCAGACAUACAUAUCUAAGUUUUAUGAGCCAGAUGUUCAAGAGGUAGUACAAUGCAACAAAGAAAUAUUUGAGCCAGAUGGUGAUGCUAUUAAUGAAGCACUAGAAAGUUUACGUAACUUUGAUGGCGUACCAACUCACUCCUAUGAUCCAAUAAAUGACCAGGAAAAUGAAGAUUUGCAACAAAGUUUACCUGACGAUUCUGAUGAAACCGAGUCUUUUAACGAAUCGUUGCCACAACAUCUUGCAUCAAAUCCUGAAUCAGUUCAACCAUCUUCUGGAAUAAGUUCUUAUAAUCAACCCUUAGAAAUCAGUGACGACGAUCUACGAAAAACUGUAAAAUCAUUAAACAACAAACAACGUUAUGCAUAUGACGUAGUUCUUUCCUGGUGUAGAAAUAAGAUGGCCAACCUAAACACCCUUAAACCGUCUAAAGUAGAUCCAAUAAAUGUUUUUGUUACUGGAGGUGGAGGUGCAGGGAAAUCACACUUAAUUAAAGCUAUAUAUCAUACUGUUACAAAAACAUUUAGACAUGCUCCAAUGAAUCCUGAAUUACCUUCUGUAUUGCUAAUGGCUCCAACUGGUGUAGCUGCCAUAAAUAUCAACGGAACAACCGUAAAUACUGCUCUAGCAAUUCCAAGAGAAUGUGGGAAUAAUGUACCUGCAAUGUCUGACCAGAGAAGAACACAAAUGAGAUUGUCUUUGGCUGAAUUAAAACUAAUCAUAAUUGAUGAAAUAUCAAUGGUCUCAAACAUGGGUCUGCUGCAUAUUCACCAGAGAUUGAAAGAAAUAUUUGUUACACCUAAUAGUGAACUUUUUGCAGGAAUCAGUGUACUUGUUUUCGGAGAUUUCUUUCAGCUACCACCAAUUCGAAGCGCAACAACAUUUUCAAAUUAUAAGAAUGAUACAUUCAAUCUACACCAUCCCUGGCAUGUCUUUAAAAUGGCAGAACUAACACAGAUCAUGAGACAAAAAGAUGACCUUGCCUUCACUCAGCUAUUAAAUAGAGUGCGCACCGCUUCACAUACAGACGAUGACAUCAGGUGUAUUCAAUCCAGAACAAUAACUCCAGCGGAUGAAAAUUAUCCAUCGGAUGCAUUACACAUCUUUGCAGAAAAUGCACCAGUAGAUGAGUACAAUAUUGAUCGCCUACAACAAAUUCAAUCACCACAGUACAUUUUAGAAGCUUUAGAUCAAUUCCCACCUCAUGUUAUAAAACAGGAUAUCGAUAGAGUGCUGUCUAAAGGAAGAUCCGAAACUGGAGGGCUUGACACUAAAAUCCUGAUCAAAGAAAAUGCGAGAGUUAUGCUCACAACCAAUGUGGAUAUUAGCGAUCGACUAAUUAAUGGCCAGUUAGGUACAGUAAUAAAAGUUUCAGUUGACAAUGUUAGUAAUAAACCCUCCACAAUUUUUGUUAAAUUUGAUGACAGUAAUGCUGGAGUAUCUGCUAUACGAAAUUCGUCCAGUAGUUUUGCAAGAGAAAACAAUCUUGUUCCUAUCAAACCUGUAUUAGCGAGAAUUAAAGUCAGACCAGGAAAACCAUCAUCUCCUGAAAUGCAAAGAUUACAAUUUCCUGUAACUCUCGCAUGGGCAUGCACUGUUCAUAAAGUACAAGGAUUAACUCUAGAUAACAUUGUCGUCAGUUUUGAUUUAAAAAAGCAAAGGUACUUUAACUAUGGUCAGGUAUAUGUAGCACUUAGUCGAGCAACGUCUUUAAAUGGCCUGCAUAUUUUAGGAACACUUGAAAGUAAACAUAUUCGAGCAAAUCCUAAAGUCCAGGAAGAAUACGAGAGAUUGCGUGAAAAUUCGAGUCUCCACCCGCAUAUUACAACAGAUUUAUGUAACACAGAAACUGUCUCAAUUUGUCUUUUAAAUAUUAGAUCACUUAAAAAACACAGUCUUGACCUAUGUAAUGACCCAAUCUUGUCCAAAUGUGAUGUGCUGGCUCUAACGGAAACUCAACUUUUAACCAGUCUACCAAAUGAUGAUAUUGACUCAAUCCUUAACGAUUUUUCUAUACACAGACAAGAUCAUAAUUCUGACAAGUUCUUAAGUCUAGCUGUUUGUUACAAUGACACUAUUACACUUUGUGAUACAGAAUAUUUCACUUCAAUAAAUGGUUUACGAUUUUUACUUAAUAACUCUGGUGGAUAUAGCUUAUCCUGUCUACUGCUUUAUCGUAAGCACGGAUGUGAUAUUCAGCAAUUCAUAGCUUGCCUAGAUUACAUAACAACUAGCUUGGAUAUUGAUGUUAUAUUUGGAGAUUUUAAUAUUGAUUAUUUUAAUGAAAAGAACAUAUCUUCAUUGAAAGUACUCGCCGAGUCUUUAAAUUAUGUGCAACUUGUAAGUAAACCAACAUUUGUUUCUUCUGGAAGUCUUCUCGAUCAUGUUUACGUAAAACAGUCAAUAAGCAAUAAAAUGGAAGCAAGCGUUGUAAGUGUGUAUUAUUCAGAUCAUGAGGCUGUUAAGGUAACUGUAAGAUUUUGACAAGUAUAUAGUUUCAUUAAAAAUUUUGACAUGUAGUAUUACGCCAGUAGUUUCAAUAACGUUACGAUAUAUAACCCACUAAACUCGCACUAUUUAAUUGCAGCAGAAAAACUAAUCGAAUAUUAAAAAAUCGCUGAAAUGAAAAUCCAGUCUAGGAGAGACUGGGAUGGGGGAUUCUAGUAGAUCCCCAAAGAGACUGACGUGAGGAGUCUCCUGGAGUUCCAUGCAAACAAGGUAUGUUCAAUCAUUUUUAAAUUGAAGCUAGAUGCAACAUGUACAUUGACUAUACUUAGUAUAGUACACAUGCACUACAUCUCAAUUGCGGUGUAAGCUCAAAUUCAUCACUCAAAAUGUUUUCUUUUAGGACUGA